GACCUGUAUGUAUGGUUUAGACUCUAGAUAUGUCUUCAAUUAGACCUUGGCCACCUUAGCUUUAUGCCCGCUUAAAAGUGUGAUGGAAGCUGACUUAUUUUUUAUGUGGAAAUGUGAUGCAUAUAUGUUUGGUUGUAGUACAAUACCAAGGAUAGCUCAGUGAGACUUGCUUAUGAAGCCCAGCCUCUUCCAAGGGCCAUAGCUGCCCUUUCUAGGGAAACUAUUGUCAAAGUUGCUUGUGGAACAAACCAUACAGUGGCUGUCGACAAAGAUGGUUAUGUUUACACGUGGGGCUUUGGUGGUUAUGGAAGGCUUGGACAUAGAGAACAGAAAGAUGAGUGGGUCCCACGUCGUGUUGAAGUUUUUACCAAGCAUAAUGUUCUGCCUCCUAAUGCGGUUGUUUCAGCUGGUUCUGUGAAUUCUGCAUGUACUGCAGGUGGUGGGCAGUUGUACAUGUGGGGCAAAAUAAAGAAUACUGGUGAUGACUGGAUGUAUCCUAAACCUCUCUUGGAUUUAAGUGGUUGGAAUCUACGCUGCAUGGAUUCAGGCAGUAUGCACCAUUUUGUUGGUGCUGAUUUCUCUUGCAUAAGUUGGGGGCAUGCUCAGUAUGGAGAGCUCGGAUAUGGUCCUAAUGGACAAAAAUCUUCAGCUGUGCCUAAGAAGGUUGAUAUUCUGGAGGGCAUGCAUGUCAUCAAUGUUGCAUGUGGUUUUGGCCUCUCCAUGGUCAUUGUUGAUAGAACUAACGUUGGAGACAGACUCGAACAGCUUGACAUAUAUGACGGCAAACCUGCUGGUGAAGCAGGGAGCGAGGAACCAGUGAGCAAUAGUCCAAUCUCUAAGCAAAAUAAUAGAAAAGGUGGUACUAAGGCAUCCAGUGACACAAAGAAGCGGAAGAAGUCAAAGAAGGUCUCUGAUUCAGAAGAUGAAGAGGACGAUGAGAGUAGUGACGAGGCGAGUGACAGCAGUGAAGAACAGUCCAAUGGGCAGGCUGAGCAGAAGAGGCAGCGUGUCAGGGGUCGAGGUAAAGGCCCUAAAAAAACGCCACGGGGAAAAGGUAGUGGGCGUGGAAGGGGUCGCCCACCUUCUUCUAGUAAAAGUGUGCAAUCCACUUCGGGGAAAAUCGGUAAGAGAGGACGGCCCCGGAAGUCAUAAGUUUUAUAUAUCCCCAUUAAAAUGGGAAAUUUUGUUCUCUCCUUGCAGAGAAGGAAGUGUACUUUUUUCCAUACGUCUGCUGUUGUAUUUGCAUUAUCAAAACGGAAUUGUUUUCAGGUACUGAUCUUCAGCCCCCCAAAACGUUGCUUUCUUGAUGAAAACAUUCAUGAAGCUACAUUUGAAUUGUCAGUAAAAUUGAG